CUUUACUCCGCCCGCGCCUUCCCCACGUUUCCGCCAUCCGCCGAGCUAAAAACCUUGAAUAAAAUGCUCUGUGCUCAUUCUUAGCUCCGAGCUCGCUGUGAGCUCCAUUCAGGACGGCGCGUUGGCCGACUCACCUCUUCCGCCCUUCCCUUUCUCCUGCCAUUUCUACACCUUCGUCGACGACUACCAUCGAAGCCAAUUGCACGCUAUUAACGCGGUGUAGCUCUCUCUCCACUCACUAUGGCUGCCCUCAAGGAGCAAGUGGGCGAAGUGUUGCUGGGCACUACCGAUGAGCCCCAGCUGUCGCAGCUCACGCGCGCUGCGUUCUUAAAACACGCCCAGAAGGACGAGGCGACAGGCGAAUACUUUCUUAGUGAGGACGCUUUCAUCGAGGCUGUUGCGCCUGAGAGCGAAGACUACCACAAAAUCAAGCGCUACCAGUACGGCAUCCUGUUCCAGGUUGCAGACCGCGAAAGGAAGGGCAAGGUCAACAUCCACGACUGGGGUGUCUUCCAGAACCUGCUUGCGAAACCAGAUGCCGAGUACGAGGUCAUUUUCCGCUUCUUCGACAAGAAGGGCACCGGCUACAUCAACUUCGACGAAUUCUACGACACAUGGAAGGCACACAAGACAGAGGACAGCUUGCCCUUCAACUGGGAAGCCGAGUGGGCGACUCUGUACAUUGGGUCCAAGAAGAACAGGCAUGCCAUGACGUACCCCCAAUUUGCGCAGAUGUUGCGAGGACUGCAGGGUGAGCGCGUCCGACAGGCCUUCUUGCAUUUCGAUGGCAACAAGGAUGGGUACAUUGAGCCCACAGAUUUCCAGCGCAUCAUUCGUGAGACUGCGAGUCACAAGCUCUCGGACUACCUCCUUGAGAACCUCACAACGCUCUGCAACAUCUCUGUAGGAAGCAAGAUCUCGUACGCCAACGUGCGCGCUUUCCAGAAUAUGAUCCAGCAAAUGGACAUGGUCGAGUUGAUUGUUCGCAACGCGACUCAGAAGAGCAGCGACGGCAAGAUCACCCGCACAGAUUUCCUGAACGAGGCUGCCAGAAUAAGUAGAUUCAACCUAUACACUCCCAUGGAGGCAGACAUCCUCUUCCACUUUGCUGGGUUGGACGACCCGUCAGGAAGGCUUAGUCUGAAGGACUUUGCUCGUGUGCUCGACCCCUCAUGGCACACUGUUUCGACUCUUGGUGCCACUGCGAUCGCCGAUGCUGGCCAAAAGGUCUUUGCUACUACCAAGUCGAUAUGGCACGACAUUCUCGAGUCUGUUCACCACUUCGCGCUCGGUUCCUUGGCUGGAGCUUUCGGUGCCUUCAUGGUCUACCCCAUUGAUCUGGUCAAGACAAGAAUGCAGAACCAGAGGAGCACAGGUGUUGGAAAUGUUCUGUACAAGAACUCGAUCGACUGUGCCCAGAAGGUCAUCAAGAACGAGGGCUUCAGGGGACUGUACUCUGGUGUACUGCCUCAGCUCGUUGGUGUAGCUCCCGAGAAGGCCAUCAAGCUGACGGUGAACGACUUAGUGCGAGGAAAGAUGACAGACAAAGACACUGGUGCCAUCAAAUUGCCUGCUGAGAUUAUGGCUGGUGGUAUGGCUGGUGCAUGCCAAGUGGUCUUCACAAAUCCCCUUGAGAUUGUUAAGAUUCGCCUGCAGAUCCAGGGUGAACUUGCAAAGAACGUUGAUGGCGUUCCCAGGCGAUCUGCCAUGUGGAUCGUCAGGAAUCUGGGUCUUGUUGGCUUGUACAAGGGAGCCAGUGCCUGUCUUCUUCGUGACGUUCCUUUCUCUGCCAUUUACUUCCCAGCUUAUAGCCAUUUGAAGAAGGACUUCUUCGGCGAGAGUGCACAGAAGAAGCUGGGUGUUGUUCAGAUGUUGACUGCCGGUGCCAUCGCCGGUAUGCCCGCAGCUUACCUCACCACACCAUGCGACGUCAUCAAGACACGUCUGCAAGUCGAGGCGCGAAAGGGAGACGCUACAUAUAACGGUCUCCGUGACUGUGCGAAGAAGAUCUGGCAGCAGGAAGGCUUGAAGGCCUUCUUCAAGGGUGGGCCAGCACGUAUCAUGCGAUCAUCACCUCAGUUCGGUUUCACUCUGGCCGGUUACGAGGUCCUGCAGCGAUCCUUCCCUAUGCCUGGAGGUGCUGAAUCAGACGCCAGUCUGGAGCCCUCAGUCGGUCUCGAGGAAGCCACAGCGCCGUUGCCCUACCUGCGAAGCCGUAACGCCCUGAAGGUUAUCCUCGACCUCGACGAGAACUUCGGUCGCCCAAGAGUGCCGUCAGGGCAAACAUUCCGCGGCAUCCCAGGCUUCGGCGGCAAGCAAGCAUAAAAGCACGGACCAUGAGUGUAUGCGGCUGAUGAAUAUCACGAAAAAUGGAAUGGCACCAGCCGGUUCUUAAUGUGGAAUACCUUAUUUGGCGCAGCAUUGCUUCAGCGGCGUGUUUCUUGCUUUCUGGCGUUGGUUCUUCUUCCAGUACGACGUUUUACUCGUCCUUCCAGCGACGACAUGUAGGGUCGGUGAGCGUGCGCUAGCGAGCAUGGAGAUCUCGUACAUCAAAGUAACGCAGUUGGAGGCAUCUUCUGCGCAGCGAUAGACGGAAGCAUACACAGUGAAGACUGUACGAUAGGUCGAAGUGAUGGUGGGAGAGGCGGCGAGGUGUGCAGUGGUCGAUGUGCGAGUGGAGAUACGCGUAGCCUGCAGCAUCAAGCACAUACAAAAGAGAGCAUUGGUACGCA